UCUUCAUCGAGACAAGAGGCCUCAAAACACGAACGCUCAACAGUGUUCUUAAAGUGCAUUUGAUACGUUCAGUUUAUUAAUUGACACAAUUUUUUUACGCUUUCUCGUGUUGGUACCCUGGCUAUCAUACCUUUGCAGGCUAUGACCGAAUUUGUAGUAUUGUUUUUCCCUGAGUGGGUGAGUCAAAACGUUUGACUCGGCAAGAUCCGUUCAAGUUAAGGUUUAUUCGGCACGAUGUUGGUGAUCGGUGAUGUGACUGAUAUCAGCUGAUGCAGAUUUUUUUUAUCAUGGCACCCUUCACAACCAUCCACUUACCUCAAUGGGAUGGAGGAACGCAGAAAAUUCGCUUUAUUUACUUGGCAAAUGCAACUUCUUUUAAGCUGACUUCUCCGUUGGAGAGGGGAAUGAUCCCGCUGUUUUUAGGAGCCGAUCUUUUCUCCGUUACUGACAUUCGCUCCGAGAACCGUUCCAGAUACCAUGCUAAGUUUGCAAAGAAAGGUUUGGCUACCAAGAUAAUUUUUUCCUCGGCGUUCAGGUUCCAUGGGCUGAGGGUACCAACUGCCAACAAUUGUCUGUGGUUCUACAGCAUCCAAGGUCUUUUCCGAAUCGCUUUUGAAUUGUACAGUAAACAACAACAGCUCACUGUUUUGGAACACUUCCAGGAUGUAUGGAAGGCACAGAUAGACGACAGCCCUCUGGAAAUGAGCUACAAUCUGAGUGUGCAGGUUGAUCCAUCACCCCAACAGAACAUCACAGAGAUGUACGACAAAGACCUAAAACUCAAACUUAUCACCCAGCAUAGUCAUGAUUUUAAGGAGAAUCCAUCUCCAGACAUGGACAUCCCUCUGACCGAGUCUGGGCUUUCAGGAGAUUCCUCCGCCGAUCACGACUACUGCUCCCCUCUCGAGAGACCUUCUACCCUCAGUCAAAAACUCCAGAGCUUGGAAGCCAAGUUAUCCGCUGAGGGUGAUCUGGGAAUGGAUCAGAGGAGCACCAUCUUGCUGCUGUUGGAGCACAUCGAGCACUGUGUUAGCGCGCCACCGGAGGAAAGAGACUUGGCGGACACGGUGAUAGCGCUGCUCGAGAGCAAAGCGACCGGUUCAGUGUACUCCAGCCACCUUCUGCAGUCUGUAGGCCGCUGGCUCGGCCAGCAGUUCCAUGCAGCUAACAGCAGCAUCAGCCAGCAGGUCGAGACUUUCAAAGUGCAGCACAUCGAACGGAUCUCCGAUUUGCCUCCGGCGGAGGCGCUUGCUGCGGAGCUGUUUCCUGAAGCCAUGAGGACUCUGUUGCUCCACUGGAUGGGCCUCAGUGAUAACUCCACUCACUGGAAGAGACAGAGUGAAUACCCCAUCCUUCUCCUCAUCCUGGAGUUUGCGAAUCAUAACCUCAUCACUGGCGUGGCUCAUGUUUUGUACUCGAGUCUAAUAUGCAAGUAGGAUAGUCCUGAGAGAUGUGGUGGAAUAUUUCCUACUGUUAUGAUUUGAGAUGUUAAGGCAUCUUCAGAACUGCACUCUUGUGAAAUUGUGUCAGUCAAACCAGAUAAUACAAGGGUAUUGAAUGUUGAGGGACUUUUACAUCAAGAAAAUAUGAAACAGUAAUCUUAUUUCUUCCACAAACCUAUAACUUUAUUGGUAAUUUGGACAAUGUUGUGAAACAAUCCCUAUACAUCAGAUUACCAUUCAGGAGAUUAAGCAAUUAAAGGUACAAUAUGUAAGAUUUUCAGUAAAAACAGUUUUCUCCCCCUAUAUACAUGUUGUGAAGUUGAAUAGCAGUUCAGUGCCAGUGGAAUGUCAAUUUCAAAUUUUGAAGCAGUCCUCUAACUUCCAGCCAAUUAUGUUCCAGCUAAUCGCCUUCCUCAUUGGCUUAGAAACCACUGCCAAACUCAAGCUGUAGGAAAGCACAAAGUUCAGACAAGAAUUGGGGGCACCAAUUCUCAUAUCUACAUUUCUUUGAUAAC